AUGGGGCCGCGCACUGCGAGCCCUUGGGGCGCUGCGGAGUGGCGAGGUCACAGAGUUCUGAGAAAGUUCGGGUCUGUGAGGGUGGCUUUGGUGUCCGAGGCUCUGGUGGGUUUGGUGUCUCUGACAAGCGCCGCGCAAUGCUGUGCCUUGUGCCUGCGGCGCUUGCCGCUUCAGCCCUGUGCUGGCUGUGCAUGCUUCGGCUAUUGCAGCGAUGCGUACCGUCAAGCAGAUGCCCCCGACCACUCACGGGAAUGCGCUGCAAUUCCGCUCCUUGUCAAGAAGCUGUCCGCUUGUGGGAGCCACGUCUGGCAUCGCGGGGAUGCCCUCCUGGACGCGCUGCUCUCGGCGCGGCUGCUGCGCGCCGGGCAUCCGGCAGAGUCUCUGGCCGCCAGCCUGGCGUCGCCGUUGCUGGGUCGGCCCAAAGCCUUAGAGGCCAUGCUCCAAGCCCCGGCGUUGGCGAUCCCCGUGGCCAUCGCCAGGAGCCUGCUGGAGGUUGCAGCGGAGGUGCCGCAACUGCUUCCAGAGAGGUUCCGGCAUGCUCGACUGCACCAGGCGAGCCUUGAGCUGGUGAUCGGGGUCCUCAUGCAGAUGCAAUGCAACAUGACGGGAGUGGUCGAACACUCCUGCUUCGAGUCGGUCGGUUCUGCACUCUUCGCAGAGGGCUCUUUGGCCAACCACGACUGUGCUCCCACGUGCCAGUUCCUCUUCCGGUUCCGAGAGGGAGCGCGCCCGAGCCUGGAGCUCCAAUGUGUGCGCGAUGUUGAGGCGGGUGAGAGCCUUUGCAUCUCCUACGGUGACUUGGCUCGGCCUGUCUGGGAGCGACGAAGAAACCUCCAAGCCUCGCACUGGUUCAGCUGCAAAUGUGCGAAGUGCAUGAAAGAUCUGACUCCCAGCGGGCUCCUGAAGCAGCUUGAGUCCGUGAGCGAUCCGAAAGGGCAGCUCCUCCGGUCUCUCUUCGAAAGAUCGCUUCCAGAGGAGGCGGAAGCUGCGAAGAUGCUCCAGGUCUUCAAGGCCCUGAAGGUACCUUUUGCCAGCACGUCGGCAGAUGCCGCCGUCUCUUUGGCCCUGAAGGGCUUAGCCAAGUUGGAGCCACUGGAAAAACGCAGCGCUCGCAGCAACCUUCGGAUCAUCCAAGGCUCGCUGGCCAAGCUGCUGCCGGCGGUUCAUCGGGAAGCCGUGAUCCUGCAGGAGCUGCAGAGCCUCGCCCUGUCCACAGCUGAGUUGGCCGAAGACUUUUCGACGGUUCUGGAGAUGGCGAAGGAGCUCCGGGCUCGCUGCCUGGAGCGCUACGGCCCCUUCCACCUGAAGCGCUGCUUCCUGCUGCGGAAGGAGUUGGCAGCGCACGAAGCUCUGGGUUCUCCGGCGACCGAGGCGGCCGAGGCGGCCGAAGCCUUCGAGAAGCUCUUGAUCCGGCUUGGGCUGAAAGACAAACACGACACGGACUCCCAGGACACCGGCCUCGCCCACUCAGAGCCGGGCAUCGAUCUGGACACCAUGGACUAG